AUGGGCGUCAAGAGGCGGGUGCUAGGGCCCGAGAUGAAGUCGCUGCAGUACUUCUUGAACCGAACGGCCGUCCUGAAGCAGUACCGAGAGUUUCUCCGCGUUUCACAGCCGUUGGCCUCUGAGGUGCGGCUGGACGUGCGUCGUCAGAUUCGCGCUGGCUUCGACGCCUGCCGCAACGAAGAGGACGAGCAGCGCGUGUGUCUUUUGCUGCGACAAGCACGUGACCAGAUACAGAUGGUGAGUGACUUGGUCGACACUGCAAUGGCGCAGCAACGAAGCGAGCGAAUACGGGAGAGAGAUGACCGAUUGGCUGCUGUGCGGCGGCGAGGAGGAGGACGAGGAGGUGCACCAGCCGUCACGUCUGACACGUGGGUGGAAACGCCAUCGGAAGAUGCAGAUGGUAAGGAGGACGUCAAGGGCCGCGUAGGCACCGGGUGGCCAUGGAAGAGUGGCAAAGUGGCCGACAAGCUGGAUCUGCUCGGAACCAAGCGUCGCUGA